UUUGCUUAUGACGCCGCCUUUCGCCGAUGACGCGUGCCAACAAUUUGGACAGAGCGCAUAUAGGUAGGCUGGAGCAGCCCAUGUCGCGGGGCGACAACCUGAGGCUUGUAGUGUGAAAGACGGGCGUUUUGUGCUAGGCUACAAGAGAAAUCGUUUAAAAAACCGUGGGAAAUAACAACACGGGGCGCCACGUUAGCAUCUGUUAAUGGGAUUUGAGACAAGCUCAUUGUGAUCAUGUGCGACGCUCGACGGUGCCGCAACCUCUAUUCGGUUUACAGGUAAAAUUUCAGGAAGCUGAAAUGAUCCCCAAGUCAAGAAAAUCUUCAGACACGAGAAAGGCAGUCAGCAUCCAGGAGAUUGCUGCUCUGGCCAGAUCCUCUUUAAAUGGCAUAUCCCAGGCGAUGAAGGACCAUGUGACCAAGCCCACGUCCCUGCAGGGUGGCAGGGUUGCCCACCUCAUAGAGUGGAAGGGUUGGCCCAAACCCACAGACUCCCCCACGGACCCCCUCCACACACACUUCAACUCCUACUGCCACCUCACUGAGGGGGAACAGGAGGCACGCUUCGCUGCAGGAGUGGCAGAGCAGUUUGCUAUCGCUGAGGCAAAGCUGAAAGCCUGGGCUUCUGUGGAUGAUGAUGAUGAUGAUGAGGAGGAAGCUGACAAAGAGUUUCUCCAGAACAACAGAAACACACUCACACUCUCUACCCGCUCAGACACCGCAACGUCCAAUCACGAGCCCCGAGUGUCAUUCCAGGCUGAGAUUGGCAGCAUUAAAGUUCCACCCUCUAUCAGCUCAACCAUUCCCGUUGGCUCUAGCAGCAACAGCCUGCACUGUGAUAGGCCCACAUCUAAGAAUGACCCAGCUCCACAGCAACAUGACCAGCCUAUUCUAGAGAGUGACCGGGCUAGCCCAUUCCCCAGAGAGGGGGAACUAGUGGAUGGCGAGGAUCAGCCUGUACCACAGCUAGAGACCGGUGGGGGUGUCUGUAUCGUCCACAAGCCUGACUGGAGGCCGAGGAUCAGAAGCAGUAGGUUUGACUCCUGCUAUUCAACCUCUCACUCUGAGUCUCUUGGAGAGGAGGAAGCGGAAGAGGAAGACGAAGAAGGGAGUGUGUUUCAGGAAGGUAGAGAGUGGCACUCCUGCCAGAGCCAGAGAAGCUUCUUCUCCGACAGAGGCUCGUCGGGAGUGGCGUCUUUCGAUGAGGAAGAGUAGGAGGUGGAGAAGGAGGUUGGAGGAGGAGGUUGGAGAAGGAGGUUGGAGGAGGAGGUGGAGAAGGAGGUUGGAGGAGGAGAAAAUAGGGAGCAUUGGAUGUUGUGGAUGUUGUGUUUUUCAUCUUGUAGGUGUUCCCCUUGGAUAGUCUGUCGACUCUUAGAUAUGUAACUUAGUGAUGGCUAGCCUUUAUUCAUCUUCCAUCCUUCCUUUCCUUUCCUUCCUUCCUCCUGUUUCUCUUUCUUUCCUCCAAUUCUUCCUUCCUUCCUUCCUUUUCUCGGCUUGUCUCUCCCUGCUUCCUCUGCACCCUGUUUCUUUUCUCUUUCUCCUCUUUUUCACUUCCUCGCCACUUCCUUGCUGAUGUUACGCUGUAUUUGAGAGUUGAAACUCGAUUCCCGAAUACUGUGUUGUUCAAACGGAGAGGUUUUAUGUUGUUGUUUCACUGGUUUUCUAUGGAUUGUUAUUGCCGUGUUUUCCCAGGACCAUGAUGUGAAGUCAAGUAAUGGGGUUUGUCCUGGAUGAAUAAAACAUGAUUUAAAAAAAAAAAAAAAAAAAAGAGA